CAGAGAAAUAUCCCAGCAUGACAUCUCGUACUUAUCAACUCAAAAUCUUCCAAAAAGAUAAGCAUUUUUACGAUGUGUAAGAGUGAAAGAUAACAUCCUAGACACGUUUCCUUUCUUGUGACUAAGCAGUCUCAGGCGUAUGUAUAAAAGAUGGAAAGUUGACAGAUUUGAGCAUGAAAACGUAUCAUACUCUGAAGAGUUUCUCUAGCACACAGAGUAAAUAAAAAAUACUGUGAAUUUUCACCAUGGAGCUAAAAACAAGACUUCUGAUUUGGUGGAUUUUAAUGAUGAUCCAGGCGAUAACAUGCAGACCGGCAAAUAAAUGUGAUUUUAUAAACCGCAUCGAUGACACGAUGAACAGAAUGAAAGCUCUAUCAAACAACUUCCUCUCAGCAAACGGAAAAAAUAUUAUACUGAAGAAUCCAAUCUUGGAACUUGACUUGAAGAAUUUGUCCCAUGAAGAGAAAAUGCAGAAAGCUCAGUGUGGACUUCACUUCAUGCAGAAGGCUCUUCGGUUGAUACUUCAACACCAAAAAGAGCUACAUGAAUCCACGGAUCCCAUUAUUAAACAAAUAAUCGCAACAGAUUCUCAGUUAGCGCAUACCAACCACUGUGUUGCAGAGCAUAUAGGUAACUGCACAAACAUACCAGUGCCUCACUUCCAGGUUAAAGACACAUAUGAGAGAAGGCAGUGGGGCUACACUGUUCUUAAGACCUCUGUAGACUUUCUGAAAGAGCUGGUAAAAUUCCAACAUCAUGCCUCAAGCAAACCAAAUCAUCCUUGACACCAAAGAAUUAGUGCAUUUCAUUUACAGCUAGUCCUUAUUAUUUGUUAACUGCAUUUAUUAAUUUAUUAAAGUUUGUCACUUCCUCUUGAAGCGAUCCUAUUAUUACCAGAUUUUGCAGUAUGUUCUCAUGUCAAUUUUUCCUAAACAUUUUUAAUAUUUAUUUGUUUUAUAUAUAUAUAUU